AUGGCUGAACAAGAACAAGAGAGCGCCCGAGUUAGAGCUGAACUAGACGAAAUCAAAGGAGGCAUGUCCCAGAUGCGAGAGAUGCUGCAAGCUUUAACCUUCAGGUUUGAGAUUCCGCAAGCGACCGUGAUUUCAGAGACCACAGGCCCAGCAGUGGAAGUCCCACCUCAGAGGACAUUACCCUUAACCCUUCCUCCAUAUGGGCUACCCUAUGACUUUGUCCCCCGAGCGGAGGUGGUGCACGAAAUGGGGCAAUCUGUCCAACAAGCUGUGCCAUUACCAGUUUACACCGACGCACGUCCAAUCAUCCAUACUGUGGUUCCACCAACCGCCUAUGCUAGGCAUGUUCCUCAUUAUGAAGAUCAAAACCACAUGUAUCAGACUGUUGACUCAACUGUUGCUGGUGACGAAGUAAGGUUUGAGGACUUCAGGGAGGUAAAGGAGAACAUGCAGCUCCUUGAGAAGAAGUUCCGAGAUCUAGAAGGAGACCACGUCUUUGGAUCUGCUGCCAAAGAAAUGUGUCUUGUAUCCGGAUUGGUGAUUCCAGCAAAAUUUAAAACUCCGGACUUUGACAAAUACAAGGGGCACACUUGUCCAAAAAGCCAUCUCAUCAUGUAUUACCGCAAAAUGGCUGCACACGUGGAGGAUGACAAGCUGAUGAUCCACUGUUUUCAGGAAAGCUUGAGUGGGGCUCCUUCCAAGUGGUAUUUGAGUUUGGAUCAGAACAGGAUCAGGUGUUUCCAAGACCUGUCGGAUGCGUUCAUAAAACGCUACAAAUACAAUAUGGACAUGGCACCUGACAGAAGACAGUUGCAGAGCAUGUUUCAGCAUGACAAGGAGUCCUUCAAAGAGUACGCUCAGAGAUGGAGGGAAUUGGCUUCUCAGGUUGAACCACCUCUUGCUGAGAAAGAAUUGGCCGAAUUGUUUAUCCACACUGUCCAACCCCAGUUCUACGAGAAGAUGGUUGGAAGUGCUUCUUUGGGAUUCUCCGAGCUUGUUGCUAUAGGAGCUCGUGUUGAAUAUGGUGUAAGGAACGGAAAACUGGCGGCUGUAGCUGGAACUUCAAAUGCUAAUCCAAAGAAGUUCUCUGGAGGGUUUCCUAGAAAGAAGGAAGAGGAAACAAAUGUUGUGACUGUUGGUCAAGGAAGAGCUCCUCCAAGAAGGAGACCACAACAAUAUCCACCUCAGCAGUAUGUUCAACAACCAAUUCCCUAUCCGCAACCCAUGUAUCCCGUCCAGUACGCUCCUCAACCGUACAUAGCUGCUGUGACGCCUGCGUUCAAUCAACAGCCUUCUCAGGCUUAUCAAGCGCCUCCAGCUUAUCGACCAGCUCCAGUUCAACAACGUGCUGUGGCUCCGCCAGCUUAUCAACAAGCACCGACAGCUCCUGUUUAUCAACAACCGAGAGCGCAAGCGCCGAGGCAGAACGCUCAGAACCAAAAUAGGAGACAAGGGGAGAGGGCGACCUUCAAUCCAAUCCCAAUGUCCUACACUGAGUUGUAUCCUUCCCUAUUGCAGAAGGGUUUGGUGGUUCCCAGACCUAUGGGACCUCCACCUGAUCGUCUUCCUCCAUGGUACAACCCUAAUGCACAUUGUCCUUUUCAUGAAGGUGCCCCCGGGCAUGACAUAGAGGGUUGCUAUGCUCUGAAGCAUAGGGUUCGGGAACUGAUUGAGAGCAAGAUUUUAUCUUUUAAGGACAUGGGACCAAAUGUGAAGAACAAUCCUCUUCCUCCCCAUGGAUAUCCUGCGGUGAACGCCAUUGAAGAUGCAUCUUUUGUUGUUACGGUUGAGAAGGUGGAGGAUGUUAAGACUCCUUUGGCCGCAUUCCAUGCCCGAUUGGUGGAAGCUGGCCUGAUCAAUGUUAAUCAUGAAAAUUGUGAAGAGUGUGCCACAUACCCAAAGGGAUGUCAGGUGGUACGAGACAACAUUCAAGAUUUAAUGGAUAAAGGAGUGCUUCAAAUAUCCAGUGUUAUGAAGAACGAAGACGUGUUGGUAAUUGAACCUUGUUUCAAUUUACCCGAACCAGUGGAAAUCCCUUACUAUAGCAGAAAGAUGGCUCCUGAGAAUAGUCAUCCGUCGCCUGUGGAAAUAUGUAUGCCCACGCCUUUUCCCUACGAGAGCACCAAGGCUGUGCCUUGGAAAUAUGAGAUUACUGCUGUGGAUAAGGUAUUUGAAGGAAGUUCAGACGCUGAGGUGACAGAAACUGUAAGUGAAGACGUCACCAAUAUUGCAGGGAUGAGCAGAAUGACCCGUAGUGGUCGAGUCUAUGCGCCCGAAUUCAAUGUGACUCCUCAAGGGCCAAACAAGGAAUCGACAAUUGUAACUCCUGCUAAAGAACCUGAAGUGGUCCAAUCUGAAGAUGCUGUGGAAUUCUUGAAGUUAAUCAAGAGAAGUGAUUACAAAGUGGUGGAUCAGCUGCAUCAAACACCAUCUAAGAUAUCUAUUCUAUCUCUACUAUUGAAUUCCCAAGCUCAUAGGGAAGCUUUGUUGAAGGUGCUUGCUCAAGCUCAUGUAACACAAAGCAUAACAGUUGACCAAUUUGAUGGAGUAGUUGCAAAUAUCACAGCUUGCAAUACUUUGAGCUUCAGUGGAGAAGAAUUACCUGAGGAUGGACAAAAUCACAACCGUGCUCUCCAUAUCUCGGUGAAAUGCAAAGAUGAUGCUUUGGCGAGAGUGUUGGUUGAUACUGGAUCUUCUCUGAAUGUUAUGCCAAAGAGAACACUCGCCAAAUUAUCUUAUCAAGGGCCAGCUAUGAAGCCUAGUGCCUUGGUAGUGAAAGCUUUUGAUGGGGCAGUCACCUCCACUUUACACCAAAAGAUGAAGUUUGUGGUGGACAAUCAACUAAUCAUUAUUUCUGGGGAGGAGGACUUUGUGGUCAGUCACCUUUCAUCCUUCAGAUACAUUGAGGCUUAUGAGGACGCUUUGGAAACUUCUUUCCAAGCUCUUGAAAUAGCCAAUGCCACUUUUGUGGAAAUGAAGGACCCUGUUGGGAAAGCUUGUUCAUCCUUCGCGUCUCUGAAAAGCGCAAAGUCUAGUAUUGAAGGAGGAAACCCUGAAGGUUGGGGUCAGCUUAUCGAUAUUCGUAAGAAGCAUGAUCGCUUUGGUCUGGGAUAUGUGCCUUCCGCUGCGAAAGGAGCCCGCGUCCCUACAAAGGACAACACCCGAAGCAUCCAGGAAGUAUUCCUCAGCACAGGAUUCAUCCAUGGAGAUCAAGUCAAUGCAAUUGAAGAUAGCACCGUGAAUGAAGAUGAGCCAUGUUUGGUUUACCGUUGUGCAUCUACUCAUGGUAAUCAGAAUAAUGAAUAUGAAGAAAUUGGCCAUAGGAAUGAGGAUGGUUUGGUUGAUGUUUCCAAAUAUUGUGUUGAUGCUUCACUGGAUGUGGUAGACCAUAAGAAAUAUGUUUCAACUGAUGCAUCUGAUGGGAGCAGCCGGGAAAGACUGCUGGGCAGUUUUAAGAAAAUUGUUGAUUGUGAUGCUACUCAAAAGCAGAAUUUGUUGUCAACAUUUGAGAUGCCACUUGAUAUUAUAAUUGACAAAUGCUUAAUUCAGGAAAUCAUGGUUGAAUACAAUUAUGUCCGCAAAUUAAUCAUCAAUGUGCUUAAGGAGGCAUUUAAGUUGCAAGAGCAUCUUUUAGCACUACGGCGGUAUCAUUUUAUUGAAUUUGGCGGAUUGGGCAGAUUUGUUUAUCCUGUCACUUUGGCGACAUAA